AUAGGUGUAUUACUUAGUGUUGAGACUAAGAAUUUAAUCUCAUUGAUGGUUGUAAUUUGUGUUUCAUUUUUGCUUGAGAAGAUUAGUGAAAACAGUUGAAAAUCCUAUGUGACAGAUCAUGGUUUUACUCCCUUGAGCAAGGAGGUUUCCACGUAAAACCAUUGUGCCCGAUUUACUUUGAGGAAUUUAUUUUCCACACUUUUACUUCAGCUACUGUUCUUGCUGAGUCAAGGAACUUGGUCCGUUGACUGAUAGUGGACGCAUACAUUCCAACAGAGAGACAUGGGUCCAUGGUGGAAUAAUUGAGUUUCAGCUUUCUAUAUUUCAUUCCAACAUCUUACUUAGAUUCAUUGCUAACUCACAACAAUUCCAGUAAUCUACACAUAUAUCUAAUUUUAAGUUCAACAUUUAUAUAUGGCUGAAGCUUUCCUUCAAAUUCUGCUAGAAAAUAUCACUUCUUUCAUCCAAGGGGAACUUGGAUUACUUCUCGGUUUUGAAAAUGAGUUUGAAAAUAUUUCGAGCAGGUUUUCUACAAUCCAAGCGGUGCUUGAAGAUGCUCAGGAGAAGCAACUUAAGGACAAAGCAAUUAAAAGCUGGUUACAGAAACUCAAUGCUGCUGCGUAUAAAGUUGAUGACAUAUUGGACGAAUGUAAAUAUGAGGGAGCAAGACUCAAGCAGUCUCGAUUAGGGCGUUAUCAUCCAAAGACUAUUGCUUUCCGUCACAAGAUUGGUAAAAGGAUAAAAGAGAUGAUGGAGAAACUAGAUGCAAUUGCUAAGGAAAGAACGGAUUUUCAUUUGCACGAAAAGAUUAUAGAAAGACAAGUUGCUAGACCGAAAACAGGUGCUCAUCUUAAAUUAGUAUUACAACAAUAACUAUAUUCAUUUUUUUGGCAAUUAUCAAAUUCAUUUGUGUGUUUGGGGUAAGGGAAAGUUUCAAAUAUUUUCCCUAAAUGUUAGUCUUAAGGACUCGUUUGGUAGGCGGUAUUAAAUAGAAUAGUCCAUGGAUUAAAAUUUAAUCCAUCUAAUACAUUAUUUGGUUACAUUAUUUUAUUGAAUCCAUGGAUUGCUUAUACAUCAUAUAUGGUCUUAUUUUAUCCCUAGUAAAUGGAGGGAUAACUAAUUCAAGGUUUGUUAAACCUUGGAUAAGACCCCUAAAUG